AUGGUCUCACCGAAAACCCUCGCACACCUUCUCCUGGGUAGCAUAGCAGGCAACGUAUCUGCCCAGCAACUCGUCUUGCACCCACAAAAAGCAUGCUCCUCCAUCGCUUCCUCCUUCUCGCACCCAGACGUCACUGUCAACUUCGCCAGCUACAUCACAGCCGGCACCAACGUCUCCAUCGACCAGUCCGGCGACCUUUCAACAUGCAUGCAUCCGGCUGGAGCCGUUCCGGUGGAUUUAUGCCGUGUGGCCAUGUUCGUCAAGACCUCUGGCAUCUCGAAUAUCACGCUCGAAGCCUGGCUGCCUACCAAUUGGACUGGACGCUUCUUGUCAACCGGUAACGGUGGUCUGUCGGGCUGUAUUCAGUACGAUGACAUCGCAUAUGGAACCUCUUACGGGUUUGCCACGGUCGGAGCGAACAACGGGCACAACGGUACAAGCGGCGACGCCUUCUACAUGAACUCGGAGGUGGUGGAAGAUUUCUCCUGGCGUUCUGUGCAUACUGGUGUCGUAGUUGGCAAGGCAAUCACCGAAGCGUACUAUGGGAGCGAUUACAUGAAGUCUUACUACCUUGGCUGCUCCACUGGUGGCAGACAGGGCUUCAAAGAGGUCCAGCAAUUUCCGCAUGAUUUUGAUGGCGUGGUUGUUGGUGCGCCAGCUGUUGGUUUUAACAAUCUGAGCUCUUGGAGCGGGAGCUUCUACCUCUACACUGGCGACAACAGCUCUGCCACCUUCCUCUCGCCGGACAAGUGGGCGCUGGUGCACCAGGAUAUCCUGAAACAGUGCGACUCAAUUGAUGGCGUGGCCGACGGUAUCCUGGAGGACCCGGAGCUCUGCGCCUACAACCCCGUCACGCUUCAAUGCUCUCCUUCCGCCUCAAACACGAGCAGUUGCCUCACUUCUGCGCAGGUUGCCACGGUCCGCAAGGUCUUCUCUCCCUACUAUGGCACCGACUCCGCCAAUAACUCCGCCCUCAUCUUCCCGCGGAUGCAGCCUGGGUCAGAGCUCGCGGAUGCUUUCAUCUACUACAACGGCCAGCCCUUCCCAUACACGGAAGACUGGUUCCGCUAUGCCAUCCUUGAGGACCCGGACUGGAAGGCUUCACAGCUCAACUCGUACUACGCCGCGCUCGCGAACAUGAAGAACCCGGCCAACAUCGAGACCUGGCAAGGCGACAUUUCCGCCUUCAAGAACAAGGGUGGCAAGGUACUCCACUACCACGGCCAAGCUGACUCCAUCAUCACAUCCUCCAACUCACCACGUUAUUACGAUCACGUCUCUCAGACCAUGGGCUUGCCGCCCAGUGAGCUAGAUGACUUCUACCGCUUCUUCCGCAUCGCCGGCAUGGACCACUGUAGCGGUGGAGUUGGUGCUUGGGAGAUUGGACAGUCAGCUGAAGGCGAUGCGACGGAUGAAUCACAGGGGAACGUCCUGAUGAGGAUGGUGGAAUGGGUGGAGCAGGGAGAGGCCCCGGAGACGGUGAGGGGAGUAAAGUUUGUCAAUGACACCGCGAGCUUGGGCGUCGAUUUCGUGAGAGACCAUUGCAGAUAUCCCAUGAGGAACAAGUGCGUGGAUCCAGAUAAUUACAAGGAGCCGAGUGCAUGGAAGUGUGUAUUGUAG